AGGGUGAUAUCGUGACGUCUCACUCUGUGUUUAAACAGAGGAAACAUCUAAGGACGCCCUCACUCCUAAAACGGAUCAAAAGUGACUAAAUUAGCUAAAUACGAAGAGAGGCGACGGAUUUGAAUCUGUUUCCGUGCCUCUUUUUUAUUGUCUCGGUUUGCAGAGAGACUCCUGUAGAGAUGUGGUGGUCUCACAGCGCCUCCUGCCGGCCGCUAGGAGAACAGGAGGCUUCCUCUUAAAGGGGAUGUCGUGAAAACCGGAAGAGCUUUUAAGGUGGACCGGAGGAGUUAGCUGCUGUUCGCCAGCAAAGGGGCUCACGGGGCAAGUUGGAUUCAUUUGAUGACCCGAGCUGGUUCCGAUCCGGUUUUAUUGCGAUUUUUACUCACCAUGAACUUACUUUCAAGAAGAAAUUUAAUGUCACACAUAACAUCGUCUCGUUUCUGUUUAAUAAUCGCAAGAUUUGACAAUAUGAUGUGUUCCUAUUUGUGUUAUAAGUCUUUUCUGGAGUUUUUCUUGACCAAAUGAAGAAGAAAACAAGUCAAAAAGAACAUAUGCUAGAACGUAUGCUAACAUUGAUGUUAUUUUAUGUAGAUCUCAGUUUAAGGUACCUCUUGGUUCAAUAAAAUCAUUGUGAGCUGCAAAUAAUAUAAAAAUGGCUGAAAUACAGGUUUUAUUUUCCGCUUAUUAAGGUUAUUUAAUGUUAUGUUCGGACUGUCUUCUAAUAAAAAUGAUUCUUAAUCUAGAAUAUAACUCCUUAAUGAAACAAAAGACAACCAGCAUUUUUAUUUUUUGAUUUAUUAGAAUAAAACCUGCCUCCUCUGUUGUUAUUCUGUGCAUUUAGAUUAAAAAAGAAUCGUUUUUGGUUUUCAAAUGACUUUAUUUCCACCAAAUUACCUCUAAUCAAAAGGCCAUUUUUUAGUUUCCUGUGUGACCCCUGGGCAGUAAAACCUCCUCCCUCCUCCACCCUCCUCGUUUACACACGGUCCUACCUUUGUCCCCAUCUUGUCCCAUUCACCUGGUUCUCUGCGGUCCAUUCGGUCCAGAGAACAGCUCCUGCGGGCAGACAUGCGGCACGCGCUGGUUCUGAUCACCCUCCUCCCGUGUUUUCAUCAUCUCUGCGCGGCGUCCUCUUCUUCCUCUUCCCCCUGGUUCCUCGGGUGCGUCAAGCCGAGCUCCAUCAAGAGUUUUGAACCCAAACACCUUGACUCAGCGAGCUGCUCAGCUCUGUGUAAGGAAGACGGGUACCGCUUUGCAGCAUCUUCUCCAGAGACUUGUUACUGUGGAAACCAGCUUCAUGCUCUGGUGGUCUGUGACUGUUUCAACAUGUCUCUGAGUGAAGAAACAGUAGAUGUGAAAAGAGGAAGGAGAGCACAAAGUGAUAAAGAGGAGGAGACCGUGGCUCUCAUCAGAUCUGAGGGACCUUUGCUUCUGAACAUCAGCGUGUCGCUGACUCCAGAUCAGGCAGGGAGAACGUUUGGAGUGAAAGUGCCAGGGAACCUGGCUGCACCACAGCUCACAGAUGUCCAAGUCUCCCACGCCCCCUCCACCCUCCACCUCUCCAUCUCACAGCUUCCUCAGGGUGGAUUAGAGCUCCUUCCCUCUGACAGCUCACCUGCGGAGCCAGUGUACCUGGGCGUCUCACUGCAGACACAUGCGGAUGCAGCUGACGAUCCACUAACUACUGGAGGGGAUGUUUCAAAGAAAGGCUGUAACCACGACAACCUGACAGAUAAUCAUCAUAUUAAUCAGCAAGAUGGCAGAAUCCUAAUCCUCCCCCAUGAACCAGCAGGAGAGCUGCUACUAGACAAUCCCGUUGAGGCCCAAACUAAACAGAAGUGCUCGGUGUUGUUUAACGUUACGGCUCUGCUGGUGAAUACAGCACUUUUGAGCAGAAACGGCAGCUUCGCCACAGCAGCAGAGGCAGCCGCGGUUUCGCUCUUCAACCACAGCGGGGCAGUUGUGAUGGAGCUGCAGGUUCAGAAUCGACUGUCUUCACAUGACAGAUGUGUAAGAAUGUGUGUCAAGGGGAAGAGGACGUCUCAAGAUCGAAUUAACCCAACGUCCCAGCUGAGUGCUGCUUGCAGCCAGGAGGACAAAGCUGUGAGGAUUCAUGCAAAAAAGCAAGCCUAUCCUACAAAUACAGACAUAAACUUCACAGCUGUGGCUGAAAUUCGAGAUCCCGUUGAGUUCUUCUGGGAUUUUGGAGACUCCAGAUCAACCAGAACCACCUCAAGAACCAUCGUUAAAAGAUAUCAGAACCCUGGGAGCUAUGAUGUGGUUGUAGUGGCAUCUUGGGGUUGGAUGAACAUCUCCUCAGACACUAUGAAGCUGGUGAUCCAAAGAGCCGUGAAGCUCAACAAACUGGUUCACCAGGUGUCGGUCGUGCAGAACCAGACCGUCAGCGUGGGUUGUCGCGUCGACUUAGGGACCGACCUCACCUUCUCGUGGAGCUUCGGAGAUGGAACGACCAGAUCUGGACAGAGCACUGCGCAGCAUGUCUUCCACAGAUCAGGAGAGUUCACGAUCACGGUGACAGUGUCCAACCUCAUCAGCUCUGCGUCUCUGAGCAGCCACAUCUUCGUUGUGGACCGGCCCUGUCAGCCUCCACCAGUAAAAAACAUGGGGCCGCUCAGACUACAGGUGAGGAGAUACGAGGAGGUCCGACUGGGGGUGACCUUUGAGACAAACGUUCUCUGUGACACGUCCAAAGGCCUCAGCUACACAUGGACCUUGUUUGACUCUGCAGGACUGGUCUUUCCUUUGAAUCUAACAAACACACGCGAACAAAGCAUCGUGCUGCAGAGUCAUCUCCUACAAUAUGGCACCUACACGGCCAUCGCAAGAGUUCAGAUCAUUGGCAGUGUGGUGUACAGUAACCACACUGUGAGGUUUGAGGUCAUGCCAAGUCCUCCAGUGGCCUUCAUCCAAGGUGGCACCAACAUCUUCAUAGACAAAAAGAGCGAGACCAUGAUUACGCUAGAUGGACGAGCAUCUUACGAUUCAGACUUUCCUCUCGACCCGCUCAGCUACACAUGGAGAUGUCAACCAGUUUCCAGCAUCAUCAGCUCCUGUUUCAGUCGAGAUGUUCCCACUUCCUCUCCCGAGUUCCGAUUUCCCAUCGGCCUGUUGAGACCCAACUUUGAUCAGUUCCAGAUAACGCUCACCAUCCACAGUGGGGAGCGUUCAUCUUCCUCAGACACCUUCCUCACCAUCAUGGCUGACGUAAACGGGAGGGUCUCAGUUUACUGCCACCAGUGCCAGGGAGACCAGCUGAACUGGGACCAGUUCUUGUCUGUCAGUGCAACAUGUGAAGGCUGUAACGUUACUGCAGAAUCCGUCCAGUACUUGUGGAGCCUCCACCUGGUCAACGCUUCCUCCAAGCCUGCUACAGAAGUCCCGUUUUGUUACGCAGCAGAACUCAGAGCUCCGUUUGCCAUAGCGGAAAAUCCUUCUCCGUUUUCUCAGACUCUUGGAAUGUUUCCCGAUUUCAGCGAUGGAGGAACCACAACAAACCCUGCUGAUUCCUCAAACUCCGAUCCCUCCACUGGUGUAUUUAUCCACCAGGACAACAGGGUACACUCAGAGCACCUUGGUGAACAAAUAAGUGAAAUCCCAGAUGAUCCUGAAACAUCUGCUGACUGGGAAUAUGUUUUUCCUUCGUUGGAGAGUGAAGCCCUAGAUGAUCCAGACGAUUUUAAAGUCCCGUUUCCUGUAGAAGAAGCAGACCCUGGGAUGUCUGCAGGAAGACUCGGUGGUGUAAACAAUGAGCAGUCAACCCCAGGAGAGGAGUUUGAGUUUGCCCCAGCUUUAAUCCCAGAUGAGGGGAGUAAUCUGUUGGAUCCCAAACCUUCAGCGGUGAUUCAAAAGCCUACUGUGCUGGGCCUGCACCGAGACGCCGUAGACGGAGUCCUCUUCGAGUCGUACACCUACACAGGCAUCGCCUCUUCUUUACUCAAAUUCAAACCCUUCAGCCUGAGGCCAAAAAGCAUGUACAUGUUAGAUGUUUCUGCCAAGUUUCAGAACACGCUUCUUGGUCGGACUCAGCUGUUCUUGCGGACUAGACCCGUUCCUGAGGGCCUGACGUGUCAGGUGCAGCCUGCUGAAGGGAUGGAGUUAAACACACACUUCAGCAUCUUCUGCACCUCAGGACAGGAGGACUUAAUGUACAAGUACAGCUUCAGUGUAGGAGACCAACCCCCCAGGGUUCUGUACCAGGGCAGAGACUUCCAGUACUACUUCUGCCUUCCUUCAGGUGAUCCCAGUGAUGAUUUUAAAGUCACAAUUUAUACUGAGAUCAGAAGAGGAAUACAUGGAUCAGCCACCAAACCCUGUCCCAUUACCGUCCAGGUCAAACCAAGCUUCAUCAGAGGCCCUUCCUCUUCUUCACCAUCUCAUUCCAAUCCUGAUCUGAAGCUGUCAGAAGCCGGUCUGAGGACCUUGUCGGCUCUCGUGCAUCUCGGGAACUCUGCAGAGAUCCGUAACUCCAUCAGCCUCCUCUCCAGCAUCCUGAACAGACUGAGCCGUGAUGCUGAGGCGGAUGCUCAUGCUCAGAAGCACAUGCGUAAUGUGCUUAUUUGUGUCACAUGUGGGAUGGAGAUCAGAGACCGGAUAUCAGUAGAGGACAACAUCUUUAUUCUGAAUGGUCUUCUACAAGUUUCAAGUCAGGUGACUUUAGAGAGCAUAGGAGGAGUAAUGUCACACGUUCAGGCUGUGUUAGGACAGUUCUCUACUCCUGGUUGGUCCCAUCCUGACCAGAGGAUGCUCUAUGGUCUGGUCAGCUUGAUUUCACAUAGCCUUCAGGUGGUCACCAGCUGGGAUUUCACUCCUAAAACACCAAACAUGGAGCCAGAAUCACCCACCAACCAAAGCCAGACUAGGACUGGAGGCGGCUGUAUGACAGGUUCAGCAAAUCACCUCAAACAGGAAGGAUCCAUUCCUAUAAAACAGCUCGUUGAUGAUAUUUUACACACGGCUUCAAAAUUGGUUCUGAGACGUAUUUUAUCCCAGGAGUCUCCAGAGAUCACAGUCAGCUCUGGUUUAAUCCGUUUGCACGCUUCAUCCCUAAACCACACCUCCACCAUCAUCAGGACCAACUCCACCACCGUCUACUUGCCCGCGUCUCUCAUCGAGAUGGUGUUUGGUCACCUCGGUGGAAGAUCUCAUCCAAGACCGGAGCCCAUCUGCAUCUUGACAGUUCUGACUGAACUGUCCCAGAACCCUUACAGCUGGGCGUUGUUUCCUACACAAUUUUCAGGACCGGUUGUUGAUUUUAAUUUAUACAAGUGCAGCAACAGAAGAAUCCAUGUUCGCUCCCUUCUUCAGCCAAUCAGCGUCGAGCUACAACAUCCACAUAGAAACACGAGCUCUGGGAGAGAGUUCAUCCUCCCACGCAGCCGCAUCAACUACCACAACUUCAGCAUCCACCCGGAGCACAUACAUCAGGCCAUCCAGGUGACGGUGGUGUUCACACCGCCGUCCUGCAGGGCAUUUCCCAUCAUGCUUCUCUUCAGGAUGUUUGAGAGGCCAACUCCCAGAAUGCACCACCUGCAGAGGGUUCACCAAUGGGAGGGCAACAGCAUGCACGUAACUCUGCCUCCAUCCUACCUGACGGCAGCAGGGGUCGGCCACUUAGCCCUGCUCGAUGCAGAUUUUGAGAAAGUACCCAGCUGGAAGCAUAAGAGCGACCAGAUAAGCUACAGCCUGACCGUGGGCAGCAGCUUGUGUUUGUCCUGGCAUGGACAGCAGGGAGUCUGGACACAUCAGGGCUGCAGGACACAGCAAACGGAAACAUCGCAGGCAGUCACCUGCAGCUGUUACCAUCUGAGGCCAGUGACUGUCUCUCAGCAGCAGAUCCAGAGCAGUCACGACACAGCCGCUCUGGACCAGUUUCUGAGUGUUUCCAGGAAUGUGACGGUUCUUGGUGUCCUGAUUCUCCUCCUGGUCCUCUGCAUCCCAGGGCUGGUGUGGUGUAAGAGGGAGGACAUCGUCUCUGAGGAGAAUCGGAGAGCACACUACCUUUCUGACAACGACCCAUCAGACUCGUGUCUGUAUAACGUUUGCAUCCACACGGGUCUCUGCUCUGCAGCCUGCAUGACUGCAAAAGUGUACAUAAAGCUGUGUGGUGAACAUGGAGCCUCACAGACAAAGGAACUAAAGGUCCCAGGAUGCACCCUGUUCAGGAGGAACUCACAAGACACCUUUCUGCUGAGUGCAGCGAACAGUCUGGGCCGUGUGUGGGGGGUCCACAUCUGGCACGACAACUCUGGACCUUCUCCUGACUGGAACCUUAAACAAGUGGUGGUAUCUGAGGUGGAGGGACGCUCGUGGGUGUUUGUGAGUGAGAGCUGGUUGGCUGCACACAGAGGUGACGGCCAGGUGGAGAGGAUGCUGCGUGUUCGCCGAAGCAGCUGUGCAAAGGUGUUUUUUGUCAAGUUUUCUGAUUUCCUGGCUGAUUUUCACAUCUGGAUGUCGGUGUUCUGCUGCCCCUCUCCACACUCCUUCACACACACUCAAAGGCUCUGCGUGUGUGUUCUGCUGUUGUCGGGAUACGUAUGCACCAACGCAGUCAUCGUGUCGCUAACAGACGACCAGUUGCCGUUUGAUUUGGGCAUCAUGGUUAUAUCGCCCGAUUCCAUCACAACAGGACUUCUGAGUGUGGCCGUCGUGCUGCCUGCAGCAUUCGUGGUGUCUUUCCUGUUUCGACUGAGUGGGAUCAAGUCAACAGGACCAGCAAUCCGACCUGAAGACACUUUUUCAGUAAAGGACGGAGAAUUUGAAUCCCAUUCGACAUUGGAUGACCUUCAGACGUGGACCCAGGGAGGCAGGAUCGACAGAUACAAGGACACAGAUAUCCAGUCUGUGUCCCAAAUCCUAGAAAAUAAAAGCGCAAAUGAAAUACUCCAUUCAAGAUUAGCCAAAAGCUAUGGGGGUCCUCUGAUGUCUGAGAGCAGCGUGGGACCAGAACCUUACAGCAAUCCAACACCCAAGAAAAGAGGCGCUGGACUUUUUACCGAAAGUGGGGAGUCUGAAUCUAAGAAAACUGUUCAAGGUCACACCCUUCAAAAUAAAAGCGUGCUGAGAGUGGUGUCUCUGUGGUGUUGCUGGUUGGCCUGGGUGCUGUGUCUGCUGGUGUCUCUCCUGUGUGUGGUGAUCUCUACCGUGCUGGGAGUGAGAUUCAGCAGCAGCAAGGCUUUGCUGUGGACACAAUCGCUUUUUGUCUCUUUGAUCUCCUGCAUCUUCCUCAUCCAGCCAACUGCGAUACUUGCAGGAGCAGUAGCCGUCUCCUUUUGGCACAAGAAGAACUCCGACGUUCACCGCCCUUUCACUGUGAGGACAUUCCAGAAAGAGAUUUUGAAGUUCAGGAGCCACAAUAAACCUUUAGACGAGCAGUUCGGGGUGUCUGAUUCACCCAAGAAAAGAUCUUCACACAUCGAAAGGCUGCUUCGAGCACGUCAGAGAGCUCGAUACCUCCGUCUUGUUCGCCCCCCAACUUCAUCAGAUGUGAGGAAAACACGGGCAAAAAGAAGGAGAGAGGAUCUCAUCCAUCAAACAUUCAGGGAUUUGUGUUUUUGUGCUGCCUUGCUCUACCUGAUGAUGUGUAUAACGUAUGGCAGCUCAAUUAGAGAACAUUACCAGUUAAACCGCGCCAUCAGACGACACGUUAUAGGGAACCAUGAAUUUAUAUCCAUAAAUAGUCAAGAGGACUGGUGGAAGUGGACACAAACAAGGCUGCUAGAGUUUCUAUUUCCCAACAAAUCAAACAUAACCGAGCAUUCAUACGCUGUGAUUGGUGAACUUAUAAUGAAGAAGAUGGAAAGAGCCAACGCCUCUCAGAGUCUGAAUGUGUCAACAGCUGGUUUAGGACACACAAAGUCUGAAUCUGCUUUAAAGCUAGACCUCCUGCGUUCAAGCGGUUGGCUGAGUAGACAGACGGUGGCCCUGAUGGUCCAGUUCACCCUGUACAGCCCAGCACCAAACCUGUUCUCUAGUGUGACCCUGCUCACCGGGCAGAGCACCGGUAGAGGUCUGCUGCUGUCAGCCAAAGUCCAGUCAGCGAGGGUGUAUCCCAGUUCUGCUGGCUGGGCCUGGUACUUCAUGGUCUGCCAGCUGCUCUUCCUCUUUUUCUCUCUACUGCAACUCAGUAAUCAAGCAUCCUCUGUUGCACAGCAAGGGCUGAUGGGACACUGGAGAACACCGUCUACUUGGCUGGAUGUCAGUCUGCUGACGGCCACCCUUGCCUAUUACAUCUUCUGCAUUUAUCAUUCCAUUGUGAUCAUGAAAGUUGUGAAUCUGCUGCAGAAACACAACAACAGAGGACAUGUUGACGUCAGUGACCUGGCCACCCAGGAACAAUGCGUUCGUUCCCUCUGUGGCAUCAUCCUCUUCCUUCUCACCAUGAAGAGCAUGACUGUCCUCAGGGUGAACAGGACCAUAAGCUUGUGUGCUGCUCCCUUUGCACACUCAGUCUCCAGCAUCAUAUGGCCUACGAUUUCAGGUCUAAUCCUUCUGGUGGCCCUGUCCUGUUUGAGGAAUCUGCUGCAUGUACCCUCCUGGGCCUUUAGCUCUGUUCCCCACUCCCUUCAGACUCUGCCCUGCUAUCAUCAUGGAGCUCUCUUCCUGUCAGCCUGUGCAGUUUGUUCAGCAAUGAUGACUGGAGCGGUUUCCUCAUUUGUCAGAUCUUCCAAAAGAUCUCGGAUCAGAACAAACGCCAUCACCAAGGAAGAAUUAAUUAAUUACUUCAGAGAGAAGGUGUCCAAGUUCACUGGACGGCACAGAAAAACAGAAACGGAUCAUCACAAGGAAGGAUGGACUUUUUGUCUUGAGGAGUUGGAAGGUUUAGUAGACGAGCUGCUGUUGAGACUGGAUGUGCUUUCUAACAGCGUGCACCACACCAACAGUCCAGAUGUUACAUCCACACCUCAGCUGACCAACAUGGAUACUCAGAUGGUGGUAAAUAGACCCGAACAUGAGUCACUUCUAGAAAAUGAAUCCUACCUGUUAAGGUGCCACAAUGAACAGAAGAUCCAAAAAGUCCUGCACCAGAGAAGAAGAAUGAGGAAAAAUUGUUCACAUGUGUUAAAGGCGACUGAGAACAAACUAAAGACGAAACAUUCCAUGAUGUGUUCAGAGUCAACGUCACUGAAAAAUGUUAGAGCAGGUGACGUUUUAGAGGAGCGAUCCAAGCAGUGGGCCGAACCACAGGACAGCUGCUGGUUCGGUAAAUCUCGUUCUGAGGUGUUGGUGGAAGUUCUGGUGCAUAGGGAGCAGGAAACAAAUGACCCGGGUGGGUACUAGACUUGUUUCUUGGUUUGAAAGCAUUUCAAAGAGAAGAAUCUCCUCAAAUGUGUGCAUUUUAAGAAUAUUUCAGCAAAAUGAUUGGAUUGUGUCUGAUUUUCUUUAUACAAGUUUCCUGAUUUUACACAUGAGUAAUGUGUUAACUAUUGUCAUCAGGUUAGAAUCAUAUUUGAUCAAAUGGAUCCAAUGUUUCUGAUCCAAAUAAAACUUCAUGCCUUACCUAAACGCUAGAUUAUUUAUCCUUUCAUUAAUAGGUGGGUGGUACUUGUGGAGGAAACAAAAGAAGACAGCUGUUAUUUUAAUUAGUCACAUUUUCUGUGCAAAUAUUGAACAAAAAUAAUUUUGUACUGAUGAAUACAACCGCGAUAAGUGUUCACCAUUUUUAAAGUAAACAAAUUAUUGCAGAGUUGAACAACUGAAUAUUUGUGAAAAUGAGUCAGAAUGAUUUAUUUAUUAACUUAUAUUUUAGGAGGGUAAAACCGCUUGAGAUGAGCCAUUUCGGUUUCGACACUAAAUACAAAUUAUGUCACUUUUUCUCUUUAUGUGGAUUAAGCACAAGUAAAGGCUUUACAUGCCAGAUACUAGAUAUGAGAACAGUGCUUUACACAGUUUUCAUUUACAGAAUUAACACUGGGUAACAAAAGUAUACUCUCACCAAGAAAAACAGGCAUUAAACAAAAAUAAUAAGAAUAAAACCCAAUACAUAUGAAAAUAUGACAUAUGAAAAAAAUGUGAUGACAUUUAUUCUGGAGGAAUUACUGAAACAUCCAACAUGUUGAUAGCGAAUAGGAAGGAAGUCGUUCUGCAUAUCUAAACUCUUUUUACCUUCAAAUAAUUAAAUUACGAAUGCUUUUCUUCCUAUUAAAUAAUCCGUUAUUGUGGUGAAGUCCAGAUAACAAUGACAA